AUGCGUGCUGCAUUAAUUUGGACUAUAAGUGACUUCCCUGCUUAUUCAAUGCUCUCAGGGUGGAGCACAGCAGGACGCACUGCAUGUCCCUACUGUAUGGAAAACACAGAUGCAUUUACAUUACGAAGGGGGGGUAAACAAACAUGGUUUGACAGUCAUCGGAAGUUCUUGCCUGACGACUACCCUUUCCGUCGAAACAAGAUAUCUUUUAUUAAAAACAGAAGUGUAUCAAAGUCAUCGCCGCCAAUUAGAAUUGCGGAAUACUUGCUAAAACAAAUUGAGCAAAUUGGGUUGAGGCGGGUUAUAGACAUUGACAGUCAUGAAAUAAAUUGUCAGCUUGCAAAGAGAACUGGUUGGCGUAAGCGGAGCAUAUUAUGGGAUUUGCCUUAUUGGUCUUCAAAUAUGAUUCGCCACAAUCUUGAUGUAAUGCACAUUGAAAAGAAUGUAUUUGAAAAUAUUUUUAAUAUAGUUAUGAAUGUGGAGGGGAAGACAAAAGACAAUAUAAAAUCAAGGAAAGAUUUAAAUGAAAUAUGCAGGAGACCAGAAUUGAAGAAAGAUCCAAUUAGCGGAAAAUAUCUAAAAGCAUGUUAUUGUUUGGAUAACCAAUCAAAGAUGAUACUGUGUGAUUGGUUUAAAACACUCAAAUUCCCUGACGAAUUUGUUUCCAAUCUAGGGAUAUGUGUUGAUAGUCGGAAGCUUAGACUUUUUGGUAUGAAAAGCCACGACUGUCAUGUUUUCAUGCAACGAAUUCUUCCUAUAGCUCUCAGAGAGUUCUUACCAAAUAAUGUUUGGCAACCAAUAACAGAGCUUAGCAAUUUCUUUAGAGAACUCACCUCAACUAUACUUACUAAUGGGGACAUGCAACGGUUAAAUGAACAAAUUCCUGUGAUCCUUUAUAAGCUUGAACGAGUUUUUCCUCCAAGUCUGUUUGAUUCAAUGGAACAUUUACCAGUACACCUUGCAUAUGAGGCAUUAAUUGCAAGACUAGUACAAUAUCGGUGGAUGUACCCAUUUGAGAGAUACUUGAGAAAGUUAAAGAAUAAUGUUAAAAAUAAAGCAAGGGUUGAAGGUUCAAUAUGCAAUGCUUACUUGGUAGAAGAAGUAGGUGCAUUUUCUGCUCAUUGCUUUGAAGCACAUGUAAUGACUAGACAUCGAAAGGUUCCACGCAACUUGCAUGAAUUUGUCUCUGAUGAUGACAUACCGGAGGUGAAAACAUAUUUUGACAUUUAUGUGGAGCAAGUAAAGUCGGCACAACCAAAUAUCACAGAUACAGCUGUUGAUGAAAAACUAGAGAGAGAGUUUGUCCAAUGGUUUUACAAGUAUGCCAAUGAAUUGCAAAACAAUGUACAAAACCAGCUCAUACAAGAUCUGGCAAAGGGACCACUCAGAAGUGUCACCACUUUUACUGGGUAUUGUGUUAAUGGAUGUAAAUUCAACACAAUCAAUGGAAGUUCAAGUAGUAACUCAAUGAAUUUUGGUGUAUGUAUAAAAGGGAGUAAUUACAGUUCUGAAGAAAGUGACUACUAUGGACAGUUGGUCGAGGUGUUGCGAUUGGAGUAUCCAGGGCUACCAAUUAAGCGGACUGUACUUUUCAAAUGUGACUGGUUUGAUCCAACACCAAAUACGGGCACCAAGGUGCAUAGACAGUAUAGAAUUGUUGAUAUUAACAAUAAGUGUAGAUACAGUAAGUACGAGCCAUUUGUAUUGGCCUCUCAGGCAACACAAGUCAUUUAUGCUUUAUACCCGAGCAAGCAUUGUGACAAAAAUGAUUGGUGGGCUGUGAUGAAAGUUAAAGGUAGACCCGUUGUUAAAGUAUCUCAAACAUCUUCAAAGACAUAUGAACCUUUUCAAGAAGAUGACCUAGAUUAUGCUGAAGUAAAUAUGAAUGAUAUUAAUCAACAACAUUGCUUGAAUGAUCCUAGCGGAGGAAUGACUGAGAUUCAUGAUGACGUUUCAACAGAGGAAGAAGAAUUCCUUAGUGACCCUGAUUCUGAUGCAGAUGCAGAUGGUGAUAAUGAGUUCAAUUCAUAUGAAUCAGACUAA